AUAUAGAUAGAUACACAAACACAUGAAGAAGUUGAAAGGAAAUUAAGAAAACAAAGGGUGGAAAUUAAAGAUGGUAAUCCGUAUUCCGGAGACGAUGAUAAGCUCUUCCGAUGGUCGACGACCAAUUCCUCUGAUCGGAAUGGGAACGGCAAGGUCUAGGGAAGGCGAGGAUGAGAUAAAGAAGGGGAUUAUUGAGGCCAUAAAGGUGGGUUAUCGUCACUUUGACACCGCUGAACUCUACCAAACGGAGAAAGCUCUUGGGGAAGCCAUCAACGAUGCUCUGCAACUUGGUCUCAUAAAGUCUCGAGAGGAGCUUUUCAUCACCACCAAGCUCUGGUGUAACGCCACCGAAGGCUACCUUGUUUUACCCGCCAUCAAACAGAGUCUCCGCAAUUUGGGAUUAGAGUAUGUGGAUCUGUAUCUAAUACACUGGCCAAUCACACUGAAGCAAGAGGAGUUCAAAAUCCCAAUUCCAAAGGAAUGCAUAAUUCCAAUCAAUCUCAAGGAUGUUUGGAAAGCAAUGGAGGAGUGUCAGAAUCUGGGUCUCACCAAAUCCAUUGGUGUCAGCAAUUUCUCUGUCACAAAAAUUCAAGAACUCCUUUCCUUUGCCAAAAUCCCUCCAGCAAUCAACCAGGUGGAGAUGAACCCAGUUUGGCAACAAAAAAAGCUGAAUGAAUUCUGCAAAAAGAAUGGUAUACUUGUUACGGGUUAUUCCCCUUUAGGUGCAUCAGGCAAUAAAUGGGGGCACAAUCGUGUUAUGGAAUGUGAUGUUCUUCAGCAGAUUGCCGACUCUAAAAGGAAGACAGUUGCUCAGAUUUCUCUACGAUGGAUAUACGAACAAGGUGUGAGUUUCGUAGUAAAGAGUUUCAACCCAGAGAGGAUGAGACAAAACCUUGAUAUAUUCGAUUGGUCGUUAACGGAGGGGGAGCUGAAUAAAAUCAGCCAAAUUCCCCAGCAGAAACAUGCUAAUUUCAGUAUGAUGUUAGCUGAGCCUAACGAUAUAAUCUCUGAGAUUGAUAGGGAGCUUGCACUUGAAUAAGUAUUUCUGUCACAAAUAAAAGAUGUUACAAAUUACAUUAAGACAUAAAUAAGAGAUCGUCAAUUUGUAUUUCUACUCUUUGAUAUAAACUAAUAUUUCGUCGCGAAAUAAUACAUGUAUUCUUCUAUCAUUUCUAAAA